GGGGAGGGACUACAAGAAGUCUUUGCUUAUGUGUGUCCAUGGGUGCCCUGCACAUUAUCCACCUUCUCCAGGUGUCUUGGGGUUUGUUCCUCCUCAAAGCAGGAGAUGUGAUCCUGAGUUCAUGAGUGAGGGCACACAGAGGAAGCGGGAAGUGAACUUGAACUGGUGAUGGUGUUGUUCCAUGGCAGGGAGUCCGUGCCUCUGCCAUCACCAGGACAUCCAGUCCUGUUUCCAUGUGUGUCUGUGCUUCUCUCCCACUCACAAUCCCUGUUUUCUGGGGUUCCCUGGCUGCCACAUCGAGCACAGGGAGGUGUUUGUCAAAACUCUUUCUGUAGUAAGUGAACAGAGCAGGGGAAAUGUGAGAAUCCAGUCUGUGCCCCACUGCCUUUAGAGAAAGAGUCUCUUGGGAAGCUGCUCUCCUUGGCUUCAUCCCUGCUCCUCAUCCUCACUCCCUGUGGGUGCUGCUGGCUGAGUUGCCUGCCUGCCUUCUUCCCUGUGCUCCUGAGUGCUUGGGCAGGAGAGGCCAGGGCUCCGAGGGGUGCAGUCCUUUCUGCUUUGGUUCUUUUUUGGUUGCCACUGCUGUCCCUGUGGGUGACAGGGAGCCCUCUCCUGCCUUUGUCCAGCAAUGCUCUGCUCUGCUCCUGCCCCCAGACCCGCCCUCCUACCUGGCUGCCAGGUGAACCAGCCUCUGGGAGUUGAUCUGUUGUUUCUCUGCAGAGAAAGGAAAGGAAAAGUUUGGUUUGCAAGCUGAAAAGUAAAACGGAAACCCUGGGUCUGAAGAUGUUUAAUUUUCCCUGGGGAGGGAAAGGAAGAGCAGAGCAAGAGCAUAAACAGCAGCAGCUGAUGUCCCCAUGGCACGACAGCUCGGAGAGCAGCUGUGGGAAAGCCCCACAUGUGGCUCCCUUCUGCUUCUGUGGGCAGGAAACCUUCCACAGAAGGGCUCCUGUGUCCCUUUUGGGGGGCUGGCUGUUGUCCUUGCCAAGGUGCUUGGCAUUGCAAGGACAAACACUGUCCCUGUUGUAGAAGUUUGGGGAAACUGAGGCCAAAGGGCAAGAAGUGCCUGUUGUCAUGUGGACCAGACACCCCACAUCUGGCUGGGAAAGGUCUCCCCAAAAUGCCAAAUCCCACUGGGAUGGACAAAGUGCUGCCAGCUCACCUGGGAGAAGGUUUUGCCUGAUUCCUUCCACACCAGGGCAAAGCUACAGAGCCCCAAAGCCAAACCAGUCCUCCCGCAUAUUCCACGGGAUAAAUUGUCCUGGAAGGGAUUAGAUUAGUGGAUUAAGGGAAGUGCCUUGCAGCUGGGACUGUUACCUGCAAAGCUGUGGGGAACAUCUUGCUGGCAUUAAAAAGACAAUAAUAAUAAUAAUAGUAAUGCCACGUCCUAAAUCUCUGCUGGGUGUUGUGAAACAGCAGAUCGGUGAGGGAAGGUUUUAACACCAGGAUGGGGCUUUGGGCCAAGCUCAGGUGUGAGCCCAGAGCUGGGCUUUGUGUCUGGGCAGGUUUUGGGGCAGCACUGAGCGAGCUGGGGGUUCUCAGGGGUGGUGCUGGCAGGCUGUGUUUGCUCUGGGUGAGGGGCCCGGGCGCAGGAGUGGUUUGGUGCUGAGAACACACCUGUUAUCAGCAGGCAGGGAGGGCCCUGAAACCAAAGCUGUGUCUGUCCCAGCUCGGUUCCACCUCUGCUUGCCUGCAAACUACUUAAGUAGCUUUUCCUGAAUGCUGCAGUUCCCGGGCUGGGCGCUGCAGGGAUCACCUGCCACCGUGGGGAGGAGCCCACAGCAUGUGAGCGGCAGGGGAAGCCUGGAGUGGGAUCCCUGCCUGCCCACGCCUGGACUCGACACUGCUGGGGCCACAUCUCGCAGUAAGAGGAAGAGGAAAAGACAGUUCAGCCACCACUGCUAAAAAUGGGAAGCAGCAUCUAUCCAGCAACCUGGGAAGGGGAGCUCCGGGGGCGUCCCUGGCAGUGCUGCCGCCGGAUGGACACAGCCCUGUGCCAGUGAGGGGUCAGGGCAGCGUGGCUCGGGGGGCUGGGGGGGCAGCAUGUUCUUCCAGAGCCGCAGGACCCAGCUGCUGCUGGUCAACUCGCUGACCUUCGGGCUGGAGGUGUGCCUGGCUGCAGGGAUCACCUACGUGCCACCGCUGCUGCUCGAGGUGGGCGUGGAGGAGAAGUUCAUGACCAUGGUUUUGGGGAUAGGACCAGUCCUUGGCUUGGUUUUUGUCCCUCUGAUCGGAUCUGCCAGCGACCACUGGCACAGCAGCUACGGCCGGAGGAGACCUUUCAUCUGGAUGCUUUGCCUGGGAGUCCUGCUGAGCCUCUUCGUGAUCCCCCACGCCAGCAGCCUGGCCAGCCUCUUUGCCCUCAACCCUCGCCCCCUGGAGAUCGCCUUCCUCAUCCUGGGCAUCGGGCUGCUGGAUUUCUGCGGCCAGGUGUGCUUCACUCCCCUGGAGGCCCUGCUCUCCGACCUCUUCCAGGAGCCGGACAACUGCCGCCAGGCCUUCUCCAUGUACGCCUUCAUGAUCAGCCUGGGGGGCUGCAUCGGGUACCUGCUGCCAGCCAUCGACUGGGGGGGCAGCUUCCUGGCCCCCUACCUGGGAGGGCAGGAGACCUGCCUCUUCAGCCUCCUCGCCCUCAUCUUCCUCGGCUGCGUGCUGGCCACGCUCUUCGUGACGGAGGAGGCGGCCGCCCAGGGGGACGCUCUGGAUGGCCCGGCGCUGAAGGACACGUCCCCGAAGCCCUCCCCUGCCCGCUGCUCCUGCCAGCUGUCCCGGGGCUCCUGCCUGCUGCAGGCCAGGCGGGCGCUGCAGGCCCUGAGGAACCUGUGCUCGCUGGUGCCGCGGCUGCACGGCCUCUACUGCCGCAUCCCCCGCGUCAUCCGCCGCCUCUUCGUGGCCGAGCUCUGCAGCUGGAUGGCCCUCAUGACUUUCAUGCUGUUCUACACCGACUUUGUCGGGGAAGGGCUGUACCACGGCGUGCCCAGGGCCAAGCCGGGCACGGAUGCCAGGCGGCACUACGAUGAAGGUGUGCGGAUGGGCAGCUUGGGCCUCUUCCUGCAGUGCAUCACCUCCAUCUUCUUCUCGACAAUCAUGGACCGGCUGGUGAAGCAGUUUGGCACCCGGGCAGUGUACCUGGCCAGCGUGGUGUUCUUCCCCGGGGCCGCCUUCGUCAUGUGCCUCUCCCACAGCGUCACCGUCGUCACCAUCUCCGCGGCCCUCACGGGCUUCACCUUCUCCGCGCUCCAGAUCCUGCCCUACACCCUGGCAUCCCUCUACCACCACGACAAACAGGUGUUUUUGCAUAAAUACAAGAGCAAAGAGGAGGAAGACGCAGCUCUACUGGACAAGAAAUCAGCCUUCUCUAAAGGCCUCCUCUCCAGCCAGAAGCUGCCUUACCAGAACGGCCACACUGGGAGCCUCUUCUCCUCCUCCUCCUCCUCCCCUUCGUCCCCUCCUGCCGCCCCCAGCUCCGCUCUCUGCGUCAGCUCCUCCUGCGACGUCUCGCUCAUGAUGAUGGUGGGGGAGCCGGACCCGGCGGCCCCCGGCAGGGGGAUCUGCCUGGACCUGGCCAUCCUGGACAGCGCCUUCCUGCUCUCUCAGGUCGUGCCCUCCCUCUUCAUGGGCUCCAUCGUGCAGUUCACGCAGUCGGUCACCGCCUACAUGGUGUCGGCCGCCGGCUUCGGCCUGGUCGCCAUUUACUUCGCCACCAAAGUCGUCUUUGACAAGAGCGACAUGGCCAAGUACUCCGUGUGACGUGGGGGGCACGUGGGGGGCCCUGCACGUGGUGAGAUGAGGGGGGUGUGUGUGUGUGUGCCCACAGGGCCACUCGUGGGGAGCCUCGUGUGGCACCCGCCGUCCCCGAGCUGUCGCUGCGGCCCCGGGGGUGGUUCUGGGGCCGGGGGCAGGACGGGGCUAAUCUCAGGUGUAAAUAUGAGCCAUCAGGGCAUUGUGCUUGGGGCCAGCAGUGCUUUCCAGAGGUGCCUUUAGCAAAAGGGAGCACGGCACAGGCAGCACCAAAGGGGUUGUGGCAGGGAGAGGGAGGAACUGGACUUUCCCUCUAAUAACAGGUCGUGUCUGUGAGCAGGAGCAGCAGCUGGGUCCAAGGAGGGGAUAAAUCAUUGCCCCUCCUGUUCUCAGCUCACAGCUGUAUCCUUCUCCCCCUGCCUGUGGUAGUUUUACCCAACUUCUUGAGCAAUACUUGGGCAAAUGGGACAGUGGGAGGAGAUUUCCUUGGGGAAAAAAAAAAAAAAACAGAUAGGUGGUGAAAGUUUGGCCACGGAGCCAAGGGGGUGCACUCAGGUGCACAAACACUUCUGUCCUUCCCCACCUCGGCUCUGGCUGGGAGAAACCAUCCAGGAGAAAAGUCACUACAUCUUGUUUUGGAAAAACAAGUAACGUUCCACUAGGACCAGUUCCAAAAGGUGACUUACCUUUUACCUAUGUACCAGGUUGCAUCAGAUACAAAAGACUUCUGAGCUUUUUUUUUUUUUUUAAUGAUUGUUUUUAGCUUUCUUCACACAGUUCUCAGCAACUCUGACCUCUCACCCCUCCCCUCAGUGCCUGGACCUGCCUCCUGCUCUCUCCCCUAAAAGCUCCAGCCUGUUGUGCCUCUUCCACACCUGGCCCCUAAAAGAUGCUGCUGUACACAAGGGAAAUAUUCUCAGAGGGUUUUCAGUCCUGUGACAGCGAAGUAGAACAGGAAGAGCUCUCCUGCAAGGCUACCUGGGAACAGGUGUGCCAGGCCUGGGGAUGCUGAAGGAAUGAGGAGUUGAACUCAGGAUUGGUCUCUGCUGCAGUGGGUAUGUGGAGCUAUCACUGCCUGUGGCUGUUUGGGUUUUCCUAAAAAUUAUUUUAUUUCCAGACAGGACUCCAGAUUCUCCUGAGGCAGAGCAAAAACCCAGUUACCUGUCAGAGUAAGGCAAAGCACCUUGUGCUGGGACCAAAUCCUCCUGGGUUUUCCAGGCUGUUUGGCUCCCAGCUCUGAGGAAUCUCCCACUGGCAGCAGAGUGGCUGCAGCUGUGAGUCCUUCUGGCCAGUCCCAUUCCCCCAUCCGAGCGGAGCAGCUGGAAUAAUUCUGCUGAUGGCAGGUUUCUACCACUCAAGGACUACCCACACACCAAGCAGGAGGCGAGGUCCUGGCCCCCAGUCAGCGCUUGGGCUUUGGAACGAUCCAAACUCUGUGACAGUGCGGAGAGGGGAGGCUGAGCUGGUCCUGCCAGCGCACAAAAAGUCCUUGACUUCGGCUGGGCCAGACAAGCUGUUUGUGAGUAAUUUUCUGUGGAGGUGUGUGGGCAGCGAGAUGCACUUGUGAGGUUCGGCUGAAGGGCAAAAUGUUGCUAUUUUGGCAGAGUCUUGUCAGCCUGUUCCUUGGCACAGAGGGCUGGGUGACUCCCCUGCCGUCUGAGACGGGCCCUCAGAGGGGCUGCUCAGCUCUUUAAAAGCUUCUUUCCCGUCAGGGGUCACUGUUUUUGUGUUACUCCUUCUCAAAUUAUAUGCCUGCCAGCCUCCCUUUCCCACAACAAGGUUUGUGUGCUGAAAUGCAGCUGUUUUGGGGAUGGAUUUGGCAGUUGCUUAACCACUUACGGAAACAGUUUUGGGUCUGUACUUCCCACCCUGGGCUCCGGCCACUGCAGGCUGGAGCAGGAAAGGCUUUGGGGCAAAAUGUUGCUGCCAAAGCUGGGGUGUUUCUUGAAUGAACGAUUUUUCAAGCAGGUGUGCUGAAGAAUCCUUUAUUUUUAUUUUUUUCCUAGGUAAAAUGUGGGGAACCUUCACACGUGGAGGCUUUUGGGGUGGUCAAGUGCUUUUGAUAAUUGAGCCAUUUGUUUAAGUGCCUAAAGUGCUUGCACACCAAGCUUGAGGUGCAUGGGUUUGGUGAUAAGGGCCUUAAAUGCUUCAUUACAGACACCCAAGUGAUAAAGCAGAGGGUUAGAGGGGCAGACAGCUGGGUUUUAGACAAGAGAUCAGGGUGAGAGAGCAGGAGGAAGAGGGGGUGCAGGGAAAAUUGGAUGUUGUAGCUAUGGGAGGGACUGGUGUGGGGCACUGGCUGCAACUGGGCUGCCCUGUGGUGGGUGGGAGCCCCUCUUUGUGGCCUCACACUGUCCAUAAAACCCUUCAAACCCCUUCAUCCUUGCAAGUUGUGCCAGCACAACCCCAGCCACGUCCAAGAGCUGGCUGGGUAGGCUGAGCUCAGGUUUGAGCUGGGCUCUCCCAGCUGCCUUCCCAAAGCCCAGGGGAUGUUGCUGUCACCCCAACAGCCCUGUCCGCGUGCUGUGGGUACCAAAAGCCUUUUCUCCCUGGUUCAAGGAGGCAUUUUUCCCGAAAUUCCUUUAUUUAUAAGAUUGGCCUUUCUGGCUUCUGCCGGGAGCAGCUUCUCUGUGGGGAUCACACGUGGCCCACAAGAGAAGUUCUAGUGAAGGUAAGAACAUCCCUUUCCUGCUGUUACUGGUGUUGCCUGUGAGAACACAGGGUUCUCGUGCUGUGGGACCACAGGUUUGGGUACAAACUCCUUGGAGGUGGAGACGUGGAACUUUCCUCUCCCAGCUCGUGGGUGCACUGCUGUGUUCCUCUCACAGGCUAAUCCUGCCUCACCUUUUGUGCCAUGGGGGAUUUUGAGUGUGGACACGGGGAGGAGGGAGGGUGUUCCUGUGAGCCUGUUGUGAAUCUCUAGGUUAGGGAAGGAUGGAUGGAUGGAUGGAUGCUGGUUUUCCUGUUGAGAUCAUCCCCUGUCCGUGAGACGUCCGUGUUUUAUUUAUUCGGUAGAGUAAAUAUUUUGUAUACGACGCGAGAGGAAGGCUUUUAUUAUAAAUUUCUAUGAGAAAAGGAGGAAAUAAAAAGGCGUUUAAAGGGGCCGAUGGUGUGUUUGU